AUGAACGAAUUCAUCGAUACACAACACUCGUUCGAAGAUCUGCAGAAUAUGAUUGUCUCCCGAAGAAAAAGUGGAGGAUCAAGAUCGAGCAAUCUCCCCCCGGCGUAUCAUGAUUCUCUACAUCAAUUUGACCAUAGUGCGGAGAACUACGAAAUUUCCGCGGGGGUUCAUGGAGAUUCGUUGGAUGAAAUUAUUUCCCAAAAUAACAUGGAGCUACAAACUAGGCAGACACUUCCUAGGCAAUAUGACGAACAGGAAGGCGACCAUAGAUCUUCCUUGAUGGAACUUGACAACUCAAAUACCGAAUUCAACGUUUUUCAAUACAGCGGCCAGCAUUCCUCGGAAAACCACGAACCACGGAAGCGGUCUACGUUUGAUAUGAGCAACUAUGAAGAUGUCGAACUCACCAUGAACUUAUCCGGUACAAAAAUGAAUCUUUCAAAUCGAGAACAAGCUCAGAAUGACGCAGCCAACACCGAAACGCAAUUUCAAAACAUAUCUGAACAUAUAUACGGAAAUAUGAUGUUGACCUCAAUGGGAAUGAAAAGAAUUCCAGAUGAGUUUAACCAGUGUUCAGAAAUUUAUUCUCCAAAUUUUAGUCGAAAUUGUGAUGGUGAUAACGUGGAUUACUCAGUAUACAAUCUUACCAUGGCACCGUCUACUCUUCAAGUUCUACCUCCACAUCACGAUGGUAGCAUAAUUACUUCGAGGAUGCCUCGGACUACAGUGGACGGGAAGGAUAUAGUCACCUCUUCGAAAAAGUUUAAUACUAGUCAAUUUACGUCGCCUUUUGUCUCAACAUCCGCUGAAAUACCCGUUCCCGAUUCCGACCAAAGUUUCCCUCAAAUAAUGAGAUUUCAUCCUGUAGAGACACACGAAACCAGCUUUUCCACUGAGUCCUACUUUAAAUCGAAUAAUUUAUACUGUCAAAGUGGAUUUGAUAUGUUAGGGGCUCUUGUAAAAGUUGCCUCACGAAAAAACCCCGAAAUUAACAUUGGGAAGGUGGAUAUGUCGUGUGCAUUUGCGGUAUGCGAUGUAUUGCAAUACGACUGCCCUAUAAUUUACGUUUCUGAUGUAUUCGAACGUUUAACAGGAUAUAGCAAGUACGAAGUCAAAGGACGGAAUUGCCGCUUUCUCCAAUCUCCUGAAGGAAAAGUAGAGGCAGGUACAACAAGAGAAUUUGUUGACAACGAAUCUGUGUAUUACCUCAAACAACGGAUAGAACAGAGAAAGGAGGCUCAGCGAAGCGUAAUUAACUACCGCAAGGGGGGGCAGCCAUUCAUGAAUUUACUCACAAUUAUACCCAUCACUGGGGAGGACAAUGAGACUAUCAAGUAUUUAGUAGGAUUUCAGGUUGACCUUGUUGAGAGACCCAGCUCCGUUCAGGGGAAAACUCCCUGUGGAAAUUAUACAGUCGACUAUUCGCAAAGUAUUAUGCCAAUAUAUGUAUGGCAACCUCCUAAAUUUGGUCUACACAAGGUCUCGGAAAGUGGGCAGACAAUCAGUAAAGAGGAUGUAUCUAUGGUUCUAACAUCUAUAAACUCCGGAAUAGAAUCAGAAUUAGCAAAACGAAUGUGGGAUAAAAUGAUUCUAGAAAAUACUGAUGAUGUUGUUCACGUUCUUUCGCUCAAAGGACUUUUUCUUUACUUAUCACCAUCUAGCCGUAAUGUGCUCGAAUAUGAUGCAUCUGAGCUAGUUGGUACUGCGCUCUCCUCAGUAUGCCAUCCAAGUGACAUUGUGUCUGUCACUCGAGAAUUAAAGGACACGUCGACUGGAUCUACAGUUAAUGUUUUGUAUCGAAUACGACGGAAAAAAAGUGGCUACACUUGGUUUGAAAGUCAUGGUUCUCUCUGUGUAGAGCAAGGCAAGGGAAGAAAAUGCAUAAUACUUGUAGGAAGAGAAAGACCAGUAUAUGCCUUACAUCGUCACGAUAUUGAAGCGGCAGGCGGUAUUGGUGAGAAUGAAAUGUGGAACAAAAUAUCAACUUCAGGAAUGUUUCUUUUCGUUUCAUCAAAUGUUCGAAGUCUCUUAGACCGCUCUCCCGAAGAUCUUGUUGGAACCAGUAUUCAAGCACUGAUGAGGACCGAAUCAAAGCUGGAAUUUUGUCGGUCAUUAGAAAAGGCAAGUACUGGCAGGAGAAUAACAUACAAGCAUGAAAUCCUUAGUAAAAGAGGCCUAAUGAUGCAGGCUCAAACUACUCUCUAUCCUGGAGAUGCUCUAGAGGGACAAAAGCCAACAUUUCUUGUAGCCCAAACUAAGCUAGUGAAAGCAUCACUAAGAGGAGUCAACGGUGCGAAUUCUCAACUUUCUACGAGCUCGGCACUCCAAGGUCAGCCCGGCGACACAGAGAGCUCGGUUUCUGAUUCCCGUGGCCUAGUGACCAAAGCCGGAAACCAUGGCCUUGCUAUAGGGUCUCAACAUGUUGCGUUGGCGUCAGAUUCAAAUAUUUUUGAUGAACUUAAAACAACGCGUUGCACAUCUUGGCAGUUCGAACUACGUCAAAUGGAGAAAUCGAAUCGCAUGUUAGCUGAGGAGCUUGCAGCCCUAAUUUCAAGUAAAAAGAAGAGGAAAAGACGAAAAGGAGCAGGAUACUUACAGAGGGAUUGUGCUAAUUGUCAUACCCGCGUUACUCCUGAAUGGAGGAGAGGACCCAGUGGACAUAGAGACUUAUGUAAUAGUUGUGGGCUACGAUACGCAAAGCAGAACGGCAGAGUUAGCCCCCGGGUAUCUCACAGUAAAACUUCGAGGAAUUCUGCAUCACCGGUACCAUCUUCACUUCAGCAAGAGCUCUUCCGCUCGUCACCCAAAACAACAUCUCAAAAUACCUCAAGUAACAUAUCCCACAAUAAUUCUAUACCGUCAAGCAAUUCGAAAUCAACAAAUCCUACUAAUAGCUCUAGAAAAUUGGAUAUAAACGUAGAAAUUGAGGCCGCUUCUGGCUUUAAAGAAGAGACAAAAACUUGCACAAACAUUACUGCGAAAAAGAACCCAAUAGAUACACAGUCAUCUAUAGACAUUAGCCGAAAUUUUCUAUGCGGGAGAGAUCGAAAUAUAGGUAGAAUUAUUGAUGAAGAUGUGUGA